AAACAUUUAGUGUAAUGUGGUCACAUCUCAUGGAAUUCCUCAAUCAAGUACCUUUUAUUUAGACAUGGCCGCCGAAGACAGUCAACAAGAUGAUGGCAUGGAAGCUAUUGGAUUUGGGUGCGUAAAUGAAGAAUUUAAGGAGAUAGAGGAAGUGAGAUCGCUCAUAAGUAAACUCACAGAUGUCUAUACAGAUCAAAUCGCAAUGGAAACGACCGUGGAAAGAUUUACAUUCAUAGUUGAUCAAUAUCAAGAACAGCCCCAUCUUAUCGAUCCACAUCUAGAGUCCCUUAUGAACCAGUUGCUGACAAUUGGGCGAAAUGUGAACACGCCACCAGCUUUACAAAAUCUUGCUUUUAAGAUGCUCUACCUCAUAACCAAGAUGCGGGGUGCCAAGGUGGUGGUACGUCUCUUUCCACAUGAAGUUGUGGACGUGGAACCUGUUCUUGCCCUGAUCACAAAACAGGACCCCACUGACUUUGAGGCUGCAGAGACGCGCUACAUGCUACUGCUGUGGAUGUCCAUGGCAUGCAUGAUCCCGUUUGACCUGUCACGGCUGGACAGUAACGCGCCCCAGGACAGCGGCGAUCACAAACUGCCCAUCAUGGACAGGAUCUAUAACGCUGCCAUGCGCUACCUGCUCGUGGUGGAGAAGUCCAGAGAUGCUGCCGCCUACCUGUUGUCCCGGUUCAUGACCCGACCUGACGUCAAGAAGAGGAAACUGCCUGAGUUCCUAGAUUGGGCCAUGGAAUACGUCGCCAAAGCUGAGUACACCACUUUACAGGGUGCCAUCAGUCUGACCGGUGUAUUGACAACAUUGGGUCUGUUGUUUAAACAUGGGAAAAGGGAAGAUCUCUUACAACAUGCUGGAAGAGUUUUGGAAGCAGUGACACAGUUAAGCCUCUUAGAGUGUGACAACAAUCGUUUGCGCAAGUGUGGGGUCAAGGUCACACAAAGGAUUGGCCUAACCUUUCUGAAGAGCAGGGUCGCAAAGUGGAGGUACCAGCGAGGCAGUCGGUCCCUGGCAGACAACUUGCAGCUGAGCAAGGAGGCAGUACAGCAGAGACAGGCCGUGUCCUCCACUGGGCCCCAGCAACCUGGGGAGGACGAUGAGGAUGAGGAGUUUGACAUACCUGAUGACAUUGAGAACGUCAUUGAACUGCUUCUAAUGUCCCUGAGAGACAAGGACACCAUUGUUAGAUGGUCAGCUGCAAAAGGUGUGGGUCGUAUAACAGGCCGGUUGCCAAGGGAACUAGCAGACGAGGUGGUUGGCUCCCUGCUUGGACUGUUCACUCUUCAGGAGAGUGAUGGGGCUUGGCAUGGAGGUUGCCUGGCGCUAGCAGAGCUGGGAAGGAGGGGGUUGCUGUUACCUGCCAGACUGCCUGAUGUGGUUCCCAUUGUGCUGAAGGCCCUGGCCUACGAUGAAAGGCGAGGUAACUUCUCAGUAGGAGCCCAUGUGCGUGAUGCAGCUUGCUACGUAUGCUGGGCCUUCGCUCGCGCCUACGACCCAGUGGAGAUAUCAAAAUAUGUGAACCAUAUUGCAAGCUCAUUAGUGAUAGCUUCCAUUUUCGACCGAGAGGUGAAUGUAAGAAGGGCUGCCUCAGCUGCCUUCCAAGAGAACGUGGGCAGACAGGGCACAUUUCCCCAGGGUAUUGACAUCCUGACAAUGGCUGACUAUUUUGCUGUCGGCAACAGGACCCACUGCUAUUUGGAGCUCAGUAUGUACAUUGCUCAGUUCUCCAACUACACAACUGACCUGAUAGACCAUCUGGUUGACAUCAAGGUACAUCACUGGGACAGUGCAAUUCGAGAGUUGACAUCAAAAGCUCUUCACAAUCUCACAGAGAAAGCCCCAGAACAUAUGGCAAAAUCAGUUCUCCCUCGGUUGCUGGUUCACACCACAGGACUGGAUCUUCAGUCCAGGCAUGGAAGCAUCUUGGCAGUGGCAGAAAUCACCUAUGCUCUCAGUAAACUGGCUGUCGAAAAGGGAGGAAGCGUUGUAGAUUCUAUUGGACUGGCUACUGUGAAUUCCAUUCGUGACAUUGCAAUAAAGCUGCAUGCUGGAAAGUUGUUCCGGGGAAUGGGUGGAGAGUUGAUGAGAAGGGCAGUCAGUUGUCUGGUGGAGAGAUGUUCCCUAGCACACUUGCCUUUACAUGGGGACUCAGUCAUAGACCUGUGGCAGGAGAUCCUUGAUGACUGUCUGAACCACUCUGAGCCCGAAAUACAGCUUGCUGCAGUGUCUGCUAUCCCUGCCCUGUGUUCAGAGUACUACCAAUCUACCCCGGGUGUGGCAGAUCACAGACGACAAGAAGUCCUCAUUGAAAAGUAUCUGCAUCAUCUACGAAGCUCUCAAGAAGUUUCCAGACAGGGUCACAGCCUAGCUCUUGGAGCCCUGCCCCAGUUCAUGUUGAGAGGCAAGCUGGGCCCAGUGCUGGCUGGGCUCAUACAUGCCACGGAGAUCACAGACAAGGAGCAGACAUGGGCUGAGGCCAGGCGCGAUGCAUUGAAGGCAAUCACAUGUAUAUGCAAGACGAUUGGUAUCAGUGGAGGUAGUGAUGUCACACAAUCAUUCUGUACUGGCAACAUGGGAGAGGUGUAUGAGGCAUUCCUGUGUGCUAUGAAGGAUUACACCCUGGACAGCAGGGGAGAUGUGGGCGCAUGGGUGCGUGAAGCCAGUAUGACAGGUCUGCAUGACAUAACAUCCUUGGUCAUGAAAUCCAGUCCUGAGCUGAUACAGCCUGCCGUGUGUUCACAUGUAAUGCAGUGUCUAGUACAGCAGUGCUGUGAGAAAAUAGACCGGACCAGGGCCCAUGCUGGAAACAUCUUCUCCUCAAUUUUGUACCAUGAUCCUGCUGUUCCUCAUAUUCCCCAUAGAGAGGACUUAUUGAAGGUGUUCUCAAAGGAGGAGGUUAGCAGUAUUAACUGGGCAGCCCCUGGGGACACUUUCCCUCUGUUUACCCAGCUCCUUCAGUACCCCACCUACACGUACAGUGUACUGCUGGGUCUCACCGUCAGUGUGGGAGGUAUCACUGGUUUCCUGGUGAAGCAUUCCAGUUCAGCACUGUACAAUUACCUGAGGAACCUUGCCAGGGAUAUCCCAGAGCUCACUAGGCUUACAUCCACCCUUACAAAGGUGUUCAGGGACUACCAGAAAGUUGACAGGGUUUCCCUGCCCAUGUUGAAGAUGCUGGAUCAGCUGUUGUCCAAGGGCUGCUUUGAUCCUCUGAUCACAUUAGAAAGUCAUCCAUUCACCCUGGAGUUGUUUCAACUUGUUAAAACAGAGGUCACACAUUGUGGAGAUCCACAGAAGCUGCUAGCCAGUGCCGAUGUGUAUUGCGGUCUGCUACAGUUCCCAGGAAGUGUUAGAGCUAAGUGUCUCUCCAAUCUCUGCAUAUUCCUAUGCCAUAGAUUCCCCAGGAUAAGGAAGACCACAGCUAACAAGCUGUAUGAGGUACUGGUGACGUAUGAUGACAUUGCCCCGGCAGAGAAUGUAGACGAGUUGGUGGCCCUGCUCAGUGAGACUGUUUGGGAUGAGGAAUCAUUGGAAACCAUUCGACCAAUCAGAAACAGCAUCUGUACUCUUCUUAAUGUCCCAGUGCCAGUCCCCUUGAAAAAGAAGGAGGCAGCUGCUGUUGACAUGUGAUGGUCAUACUGAGAAGACAAACAAAACCCUCACAACAUCAACUGUUCACUACUCAUAGUCAUAUUGUACUGAAAUACUAAGAACAUCUGUUGUAGGAUACCCGAGGAGUUUUGUAGUUUAGUCUAUUUGGAAAUACACUCAUGAAAUGCUUCCAUUUGGUUUUAUUCUGCAUUUUGUAUUGCUUGGUUGUUAUUGUUUCUUGUGGCCUGACAACUAAUUACAUGUAAAUGAACAAAUUUUUAACUUUUUGUAAAGUACACAUUUGUAUGGUAGUACUACACAAUUGUAUGGUACUGUAUUAAUCCAUCUUAGUUUUGUUAUGGUUAACAUGUGGCAGCACAAUUUCUGUGAUAAAUCUCUCCUAUGUGCUGCUUUCUAUGUUUGAUAUAUGCCAGACUGAUGGAAUAAAAACUGAACAAACCAAUGAA